UUUCAGAAAGAGUUGUAAUAAUACUGGUUACUUCUUAGAUUUUUUUCGUUGAAGGUAUUCAUUUCUACUCAACAUCAUGAAAUUUUCGAUUGUAUUAAUUUUAUUGGCAAUUGUGUUAAUACAACAAUGCAUGAGUACUCACGGUUAUCACGGAGGAGAGAAAUUUGAUGAAGAUUUCGAAACUCACUUGAGCCAUGAACAAGGUGACCAUAAGGUGACCAAAGGCCACAAACAUGAAGACUGUGAUCACCCAGACCAUAAGGAGAAAGAUCACACUGACCAUAAGCAUGGAAUUAUUGAUCAUCACGGAUUUCGUAAACACAUAGAUUACAUUGCCCAUAAAUUUAGAUUGGGUAUUCAUGCAGGUUUUCAUCAAUAAAAACAAGGUCAUAAGGGCCAUCAAUAAUAAUUGUUAUACAAGAACUGUAUGACAACACUGGGUAGUAAAUUACUAAAUUUAUAUUUUGUCGAAUUGAUUAGUACCUAUAGCAUCUUCUAUGUAUUUUUUUUUAAAUGUAUGUUAUUAUAAUAUCUAAUAU